ACAAUAAACAAAUUAUUUUCUUUACAGUUGGAGGAAGUCUUCACGAUAAUUUACAACAGUGGGCUCAAUGUGUACUCGCUGUACAUGGACUGUGCUGGGGGAAUACACAAAAAUAACAUGCGCUUCCUCAAAGACCUCCAGAACAUCUUUCAAUUUUACCAGUUUGAAGUAGUGGAGGACUCCGAUGAUUCCAGUAACUUAGUUCCUCCAUGUAUUAAUGGUACAGCUCAGAAUGCAUGGCUAAAUCGUGCAGAUGUGAGAAAGGCCCUCCAUAUUCCACAAAUUGUCCCAGCCUGGGACAUCUGCAGUGAUGUGGUUGGUGAAAAGUACCAUCGUGUCUAUCCCACAAUGCAUGACUUCUACAUGAAGCUGCUCAGUAAGGGUCUCCGUGUGCUGGUCUACAAUGGGGAUACAGACAUGGCUUGCAACUUCCUGGGCGAUAACUGGUUUGUGCAGUCAUUGAAUCAGAAGAAAACCCGAGACUAUCAACCAUGGACUUACAAUAAACAGAUCGCAGGGUUCUACGAACAGUACGGGAACCUCACCUUCCUGACUGUCAAGGGGGCUGGACACAUGGUACCACAGUGGGCACCAGCACAAGCUUUGAAGAUGUUUGAAUCUUUCCUCUCCAACUCUGCAUACUGAUGAGGCUGCUGCCUUGCCUUGAAUGCUAAUUGCCUACCUUGCUGCCUUAUCAGCCUCUUGUUAAAUUUUUACCUCUUUUUCUCUUCCAAAUGGGAUUUUAUUGUAGCACAGGGACCAAAGCAAACUGCACCAAACUGACCCAAAGGAAACCAAAUCAAAAACACUGAGUAAGAAGGACUAGAUUAGAAGAAGUAUCAACAAUAGUUAAUGAAGAAUUACUUUUAAUAAUUAAGAGAACUCCUAUGAAAUUGCAAGAGAAAGAAAUACAGAGGAAUAUUCAAGAGUUGUGGUACACAAAUACCAGGCAAUGAUCAUAUCAAACAAGAGAGAAUCUAGCAGUGCCCUCAAAUGUCAAUGGACAAUACCAUCACUGGACAGUCCACAAUCAACAUCCUGAGGGUUAGAAUUGACCAGAAACUGAACUGCACAAGUCAUUUAAAUAAAGUGGUUCCAAGAGUCGGGCAGAGGCUAGGAAUCCUGCAGUGAGUGACUCCCCUCCUGACUUCCCAAACCUGCCACCAUCUACAAGGGAUAAGUCAGGAGUGUGAUGGAAUCUGUUCCACUUCCCUGGAUAGGAAUAGUUCCAAAAAUACCCAAGGAGUUUGACACCAUCCAGGACAAAGUCAACUGCCUUAACUUAGACAUAUGUUGUCCUUCCUUUACUGGGUUAUUAGCCUGGAACUCCCUUCUGACAAUGCUGUGGGUUUACCUACACCACAAGAACUGCAGUAGUCCAAAAAUGCAACUCACUGCUAACUUCCCGAGGGCAAUAGAUGACCUUGCCAGCAAUGCCCACACCUUAUGUAAAAAUUUGAAAAGAAGCUCAUGCUAACUGGGUCUUCUCAGACCUAACUCCAUACUGUGUUCUUGGAACUGCCCUUAAUGCUCCGAAAGCCCGUGUUUCUGGAGCGAUACCUUCACCCUAUGCCCAUGCUGGUUGUAACUCUAUUAUUGUGUGACCCUGUCUGGAUCUGUGUGUAUACACACUGGAAGUCGUGUGUGUAGGCGUUAGCAUUUUCGGGUCUAGUGACCUUUCCUCAACCCAAAUCAUUAACUUUGAUUUCUCUCCACAGAUGCUGCCAGACUUGCUGAGCUUUUCCAGCAAUUUCUGUUUUUGUUUCUGAUUUAUAUCAUCCGCAGUUCUUUCGAUUUUUAUUUGGGAGUAUCCUUGGGCCCAGUUCAGCUCAGUUUGGUGCAGUUGCUAUUUUGGAUAAAAAUCCCAUUUUGGAAUGUUUUUGGUUUUGUAAUUUUGGGAUUGCUAAUCAUUGGAAUGUCAAUCAGUUACCUGAAAGAGCUUUUUAAUUUAAAAAAAAAAAUUAUUUAAUGUGAUUUUUUUUAACAAAGGCCAGUGACUACUGACUCUGUUCAACAACUUUACCUCCUCCAGAAUGGGUGGAGUCCUUUGGUUGCCUUUCAGAUGCGUUUCUAUGAGAAACUUUAUACUUGAUAUAAGUAUAUGAGUAAUUUGAAUCGUAAUGUAUGGCAGGUUUGAGAGUAAAAGGUAGUUUGUAACCUAUGAUUCCAAAAUUUUCCAUCACUGGAGUUUUGUUCACUGAUAUCUAGGUCUAGUCUCCCAUGCAGAGACUGACGGCUAUGGUUCAUCAUUAUUGUUGGUUGGAGUCACACCUGGCACCAUAGGAAGAUAAUUGUAGUUGCAGGAGGUCAGUCAUUUCAACUCCAGGAUAUCUCUGCAAGACUUCCUCAGGGUAGUGUCCUAGCUGCUUCAUCAAUGACCUUCCCUCCAUUAUAAGGUUAGAAAUGGGGAUGUGGUUUGCUGACGAUUGCGCAAUGUUCAGCACCAUUCGUGACUCCUCAGAUACUGAAGCAGUCCAUGGUUAAAUGCAACAAGAUCCAGACAAAAGUGGAUUUGGGCUGACAAGUGGCAGGUAAUAUUUUGCCAACCGAAGGCCAGGAAAUGACCAUCUCUGAUAAGAAACAAUCUAACCACCACCCCAUUGACAUUCAAUGGUGUUACCAUCAUUAAAUCUCCCACUCAACAUCUUUGGUGUUACCAUUGACCAGAAACUCUGGACUUGCCACACAAACACAGUGGUUACAAGAGCAUGUCAGAGGCUAGGAAUACUGUGGUGAGUAACUCACUGCCUCACUCCCUAAAGCCUGUCCACCAUCUACGAGGCACAAGUCAGGAGUGUGAUGGAAUACUCCCACUUGCCUGGAUGGAUGCAGCUCCAACAAAACUCAAGAAGCUUGACACCAUCCAGACAAAACAGCCACUUGAUUGUUUGCUGAUUUAUGGUACCAAUCACUCCCUCCACCACUGACCCUCAGUAGCAGCAGUGUGUACUAUCUACAAGGUGUACUGCAGGAAUUUGCCAAAGGCCCUCAGCCAGCACCUUCCAAACCCAUGAACACUUCCACCGAGAAGGACAAGGGCAGCAGAUAUAUGGGAACACCACCAUCUUCAAGUUCCCCUUCAAGCCUACCCUCCAUCCUGACUUGGAAAUAUAUCACUUUUCGUUCAAUCUCACUGGGUCAAAAUCCUAGAAUUCCCUCUCUAAUGGCAUUGUGAAUCAAUUCACAGCACAUGGACUGUAGCAGUUCAAGAAGGCAGCUCUCCACCACCUUCUCAAGGGCAAUUAGUGACAGGCAAUAAAAACGCUGGCCCAGCCAGCGAUGCCCUUGUUUCACAAAUGAGUGUGGACCUGGCUUCAGUGACUUUUGCAGCUGCUUGAAACUGCGUUUAAUUCUGGAAAACACCACUAUGAUAUGUAUUUGAGGGGGAGCAUGAGACAGAACAGGACAUUCUGAAGCACAAUGACAUUUCAAAUAAACAAAUCAUCUAAACUCUA